GUUUGUUUUAAUUAAUGCUUUUAUUUUUUGAAUAACCAAAAAGUCAUUAAAUUAAAAUUUUCCUGAAUGUUAAUGAGGUUAAUUUGGGUAAGAUCAGGAUUCAGGUCGCCGCUUUUGAUCCGUCAUUUUAGUUUAUUAUUAUCCCACCAAUCGUUUCCUGCUCUGAUUUUUAGAGGUAAAAAGUUGUGUUUGAAGUGGAGACAGACUCCAUGCGCCAGGCUGAGGGUCCUGAGCUGAGGGUCCUGAGCUGAGGGUCCGGAGCUGAGGGUCCUGAGUUGAGGGUCCUGAGCUGAGGGUCCAGAGCUGAGGGAUUCAGAUCUGUUGCUUUAAGCAGAGAAAUCUGGGAGGAGGUUAAGGAAACGAUCCUGAAGGACAGGAAAGUGACUGAUAAAGUCAACAUACCGACUUUCACUUCAUUUUCUCCUGUCCAGGACAGCGAGAGUUCAGGGAUAGAGUAUGGAGGUUCCACAGGGGUUCUUCGUUCUACUCAUGGCUCUUCUGACGCCUCCUGAAGACUCUGCGGUCAGUGCAUCGUCAGCCAUCCUCAUCACUCCGGAAAAGCCUCUGGUCCAGCUUGGGAGUUCGCUGAACAUCAACUGUUCAGUGUCCUGCUCACCUGGGAAGCCCAGAUGGGACAUCGUGACAGACUCCACCUCAGUGAGCCCAGACAAUCAUGACCAGUACAGCAUCUUGAAGAUUCCGAACGUCACAGUGGACGACGCGUCUUUCACGUGUAAAGCAACAUGUGGGCAGAAAACACAAACUGCUGCUGUUAAACUUUACCAUUUUUCUGCCCUGAGCAUCACCGCUGACCCAGAGGAGCCGGUGCCCGGUCAGCAGUUCUUGCUGAAGUGCAGAGUGGACGUUCACCGGGAAAUGACGGCCGAGCUGAAGCUGAAGCGUGAGGAGACGGUGAUGAUUGAGCAGACUCUGUGUAAAGACAGUGAAGACUUCCAAUCUAGACACUGUGAGGUCUCUGGGCUCACUGAGGCCACUCAGCUCCCCUACCAGUGUGAGGCUACACUGCGGAGGGAGUCGUCACAACACACACAGACAGCUGAGUUACAGCUGCAGCUCAAAGAACCUCUGAGUACAAAACCUCCAAUAAAGGCCACAUCACCACCGGCAGAACCUCCGUCCACAGCAGCCCUGAACACUGAGAGAGUUCCUGUCCAGACAGAGCGACCGCACCCUCAGUCCACCGCUGCAUUUAAAGAAUCUGCUGCUGUGAGUGAAACCUCUCCUGUUAAAGCCACGUCAUCUACAGCAGCUGGAGCGGAGACUGAGGCUCAGUCCUCUAAAUCCGGGCAGACUGUGAUGGUAAGUGUGCCAGUCAUUCUGGUCAUUGUGGGCAUUCUGGCUGCCCUGACUGGCCUGUUUUGCUUCUGGAAGAAGCGUGAGAGUCAGGAGAAACCAGAAGGAGAAAUGCCUCCACCCUAG